AACGCGGGCAAGAGCGGCGUUAUUUUUAGCGUAAAGGCUCUGAAACUGACAAAAGUGUGGCGCCAUAUUGUAUGCUUGUGUUUGGAUUCAUCGUUGUGGCGCGUGGUCAACGAAUUAUUUGUAAUUAAUUAAGAACGAUGUCGGACAAUCAGGAACAAAAACCCGAAGCCGGUCCAGGAGAUGCUAAUUCUGAAUAUAUCAAACUCAAAGUUGUUGGGAAUGAUAGUAAUGAAAUUCACUUUAGGGUAAAAAUGACCACACAAAUGGGCAAAUUGAAGAAGUCUUACAGUGACAGAGUGGGUGUACCGAUGACAUCUCUCAGGUUUCUGUUCGAUGGAAAAAGGAUCAACGAUGACGAAACACCAAAGCAGCUUGAGAUGGAAAACGAUGAUGUUAUUGAAGUAUAUCAAGAACAAACUGGCGGUAAUUUCUGAAGUUAAUGCCAAGUUGGGGAAGGGGUCAAGGGGGUAAACCAAGAGUACUAAAAACUAUUUGGUUUUCUCAAUAUUUUCAAAGUGAAAGUGAUGUAAUAUUAGAUUUAUGAAUGGACAAAGACUAACGAUAUCAUACUUAAAUGUAACUUUCCGGGAUAAAUCUUGCAUUCACUUUUUUUUGUUUCAUUAUUAUUUAGUGAUGAAUAUGGCAGAUUAUUAUUUGAUCAUUUUUGGAACUGUGCUGUUUUACAUUCCUAAGUUUAAGCGUAGCAAAAACAUGGUUUGAAAAAUCUUAAAUUUUUUUGUAGUCUGUCAAUGUUCAUUCAUUAUUCAUAUUAAUGAUAUUUGAACUAUUAUAAUAUAAAAAUCGAUAAAAAUUAAUGAAGAAACAAUUAAUAUAAAUGAACAAUAACAUCUUGAUGUAAUACACUUAUUUGAUUAGUUAUUAACCUGCAUAGUAUUUAAUUUUUUUAUCAUUAUUAAUUAAUUCGUUUAUGAAACAUGAUUUUAAAGAAAAAAUAUUCGGCGGAAAAAAUGAAAAUUAAUCUCAUCAACCAAAAUGAUAUAUGAUGUCUUUGUUCUCGGCUUUUUUUAUCGUACAACCAUUUUUUUACGAAAAUUUUCUUCAAUUUUGCUUUGAAUUGCGUUGCUAAGUGAUAAUUAACUUAAAAUAGCUUACAAGGCAUAGAAAAAGAAGAUGAUAAGAUAUGUAUAACAGUAAGAAUGAAACAAGCUGAAGAUAGAAUAUCGUUUGACAUUUUAACAAAUUGAAUCUUCAGGAUUAAAAAAAAACAAACGGGACAUUUAUGUUAAAAUACGUUUUUAAGAUUAGCUUAGAUAAUAUGAAACCGAAAAAAAUUUGUCACUUUUUUUAAACUUGCAAUCUAGCAUCAUUAAUAUUAAAUAAACAUUUGAUACACAAACCUAAGGUAUAUCACAAACUGAUGCCAAUCAUAAUAAAUUUUAGUUCCAUAAUAUUAAGUGUAUUCCAAAUUAAUUAUAUUGUAAGUAAUCCAAACUAACGUGUAUCAUCAGACUUGAUUAAAUAAAAUACCUAAAAUUCA